AUUAUUGAAUAUCCCAAUCUUCAACGACUGGAUCUUUCUGAUACUCAUGAUGAUUAUGUUGAACUAUUUUUAUUUGAUACGAAAAUAUUUUUGGCAAAUGAUCUUCAUGUUUGUGCCCAUUAUCAAUCAUUGAAAACAGUAACAUACUAUUUUACAAGAUAUACAACAGGAAGUAAUUGUGUUAAACUUGCUGCUCUAUAUGUUGAUGAGAUGGAUCAAAUCAAUGAACAUAUCAAAAACUAUUUUCCUGAUAUAUGUAUACGUAAGGCUAUUGAUUUUGAAUUACUUAAAUAA